CUUUCCUACAUAAGCAACCUUCUAUAUGUACACAUAUCUAAACACUGCUCUUGCAGUAUUACGAUUAAUCAUCUUUGCACAAUUCUUCGUGGCAACAAAAAGCAAACGUACUGAUUAUUACUACAUCUGGCUCCCAGCAAUCGCAACAUGGGCACAAGACGGCUUUACUUUAUACUAUUACUACUACGUAAACCCAGAUGAUAAAGAGAAAGACCAGAUGAUGCCCUAUCAAACCAAGGAGCUACUUUAUAUCAAGAUAUUGCUUUUGUUUUUCGCCAUAUGGAAAUACGCUUUAUACGCUCCAUUCGCUCAAGCAGUCCAAGCCAAGAACUUCCCCUGGCGGGUGAUAACGUUUUUCGUUUGCAUUUAUUCUAUUGGCGUAUUGAAGUUCUCGUUCGAUAUACGAGGCAGCCCUUUCGAUCAUUUUCCAUUCCCGUGGUUAAAUUUCAGUAUGUUCAAUCGCAUUCUUGAUUGUAUGUUGUUUGUCCAUGCCAUGUACUCUGUAUCGACACCUGAUGGUAUCAAGAACAAUCCUUCGUUCCUGAUGUUCGGAUGCCUUAUUACAUUGCUACCCCUCAAUUCAAGUCUUCAGGCACUCGUCUUAUUGCUACCCAAGCCAUUGAUUUCCACCGCAUGGAUGGCAUCCCUAAUAUGCAUUCUUUCUUUUGCUCUCUCGUAUGAGGGCGCCUUGGUGCGUCAAAUGAUUGUCGAAGCAAGGCAGGACAAAUUUGAAUGGCCUGAAGUUUCACAUGAUCAUGUAGAAGAUAAAAAAGAUCAUAAUUUUGUAUAAAAAAGGGAUGCAUGCACAAUUUGUAUAUACAGUACGUGAAAUAAAACUAUUUGGUUCCCCGAGCAGAAAACUGAUCAUUG